UUGGCCACGCCCACUUCUCGUGACGUCACCGCGAGGACACGCCCCCCUUUGCUCGAGUUUCCCGCCAUAAUAAGAGUCCCACCGAGGGGGGGGGGGGUGUCCACGUGACCUCACUCAUCUCACGCCCCCCCCCACCCCCCCACGGUGUCCCCAAUGGUUUGUCGUUCUUUUUGGGGUGGAAUUGAGGGAUUUUGGUGCUUUUUGGUUUCGUCGCCAUGGAAUCCGGGCCUUGGAAUAUCGCAACGGGUGGAAAUCGGGGAGUUUUGGGGCGAGAAAUGGGAGAUUUGGGUCGAAAAAGGCCAAAUUUGGGGGAGGUUUUUUGGGGGGGGGGUUAGGCCUGACUAGGCCUGACUAGGCCGCGCCGUCGUCGUUGCCAUGACGACACGAAGGCGGGUCGAGAGGCGCUUCCGGCGAAAGGCACUUCCGGGGCGAACGCUGCUUCCGGCGAACGGCACUUCCGGCGAACGGCGCUUCCGGUCCUGCGCGGUAGCUGCUCAACGGGUCCCCCCUGAGACCCACCCGGUGCUGCCCCCCCCAUCAUGGCUGCCCCAGGGAUGGCCUCGCUGGGCUCCAGCAGUCAGGUGGUGACUGAGUACGUGGUGCGCGUCCCUAGGAGCACCACGAAGCGGUACAACAUCAUGGCCUUCAAUGCUGCCGACAAGGUCAACAUCAGCACCUGGCACCAGGCCCGCAUGGAGCGUGACCUGAGCAGCCGCCGUCUGUACCAGGAGGAGGAGCUGCCCGAGAGCGGGGCAGGCAGCGAGUUCCACCGCAGGAUCCGGGACGAGGCCAGGAGGAGGAAACUGGGCAUCACCAUAAAGCCCUUCAGGGCCGAGGAACAGCCCUGGCUGCUCAGAGUCAAUGGCAAGGGGGGCAGAAGGAGGAACAAGGUGCUGAACCACUUCAGCAUCAUGCAGCAGCGGCGGCUGCGGGACCACGGCGAGGAGGAGGAGGAGGAGAAGGAGAGGCAGGCCAAGAAGGGGGGAGAGCUGCGCAUCCACGACCUGGAGGACGACCUGGAGCUCAGCUCCGACGGCUCCGACGGCUCCGACCCCGACGAUGAGAAGCCCCGUCCGCGCUCGAAGCCGCCCCAGGAGCAGAAGAAGAAGCAGCAGCAGAAGAAGAAGAAGCGCCGCGGGUCCGACGACGACGAGGCCUUUGAGGACAGCGACGACGGCGACUUCGAGGGGCAGGAGGUGGAUUACACACAUGUCAGAUCGCGGUCCAGGUCGGGGACGGGCCCAUUGCCCCCCGUUGUCCGCAGGGAGGUGCAGCUGACGGAGGACGCCGUGCGCCGUUACCUGGCUCGGAAGCCGAUGACGACCAAGGAUCUAUUGAAGAAGUUCCCGGCGCGACGCACGGCGCUCAGCUCCGAACAGACCGUGAAUGCGUUGGCUCAGAUCCUAAAGAGGCUGAACCCAGAGAGGAAAGUGAUAGGGGACAAGAUGCACUUCUUCCUUAAGGAGUAAAUGGGGGCAGGAAUGGGGGGCCAGAAUGGGAGCUCAAUGGGA